UAGGAGUGGGAGGGAUAAAAAGCAGAGGAAAAGAGAGAGCGGCAGCGCGCUCACGCGGGAGUGCGCGCGGGACAGCACAUCGGCCGGAUCUGGGAGCCGCGAGGAUGGAGGUCCGACCAGAUAGGAUUAAAGCGGUCGCGGGCAAGACUCUCGGGAAAAUACACAGGCUCCUGGAGAAGCGCCAGGCCAAUGGCGAGACCAUCGAGCUGUCGGCGGAGGGCCGGCCCGAGCUGGUGGAGGAGCGGGAGCUCCCCAUGGUGGACUGCACCUGCUUCGGCCUGCCCCGGCGCUACAUCAUCGCCGUCCUCAGCGGCCUGGGCUUCUGCAUCUCCUUCGGCAUCCGCUGCAACCUGGGCGUAGCCAUCGUCAGCAUGGUCAACAACCACACCGUCUACCACGGCGACAAGGAGGUGCUGGUGGCCUCCCAGUUCACCUGGGAUCCGGAGACGGUGGGGAUGAUCCACGGGUCCUUCUUCUGGGGCUACAUCGUCACCCAAAUCCCCGGCGGGUUCAUCUGCCAGAAAUUUGCGGCCAACAGAGUGUUUGGCUUCGCCAUCGUGGCCACCUCCGUUCUCAAUAUGCUGAUCCCGUCAGCAGCCAGAGUCCACUACGGCUGCGUCAUCAUGAUCAGGAUAUGCCAGGGGCUUGUGGAGGGGGUGUCUUACCCAGCAUGCCAUGGGAUUUGGGCCAAAUGGGCCCCGCCUCUUGAGAGAAGCCGAUUGGCUACAACUGCCUUUUGUGGGUCCUAUGCGGGGGCUGUGGUAGCUAUGCCAUUAGCUGGGGUGCUUGUCCAGUACACAGGGUGGUCUUCUGUGUUCUAUGUCUACGGCAGUUUUGGGAUAUUCUGGUACCUAUUCUGGGUCCUGGUGUCCUACGAGAGCCCGGCUGCCCAUCCCACCAUCACCCCGGAGGAGAGGAAGUACAUCGAGGAAGCCAUCGGCGAGUCGGCGGGCCUGGUGAACCCCCUGCAGAAGUUCAAGACCCCCUGGAGACACUUCUUCACCUCCAUGCCGGUGUACGCCAUCAUCGUGGCCAACUUCUGCCGAAGCUGGACCUUCUACCUGCUGCUCAUCAGCCAGCCAGCCUACUUCGAGGAGGUCUUUGGGUUCGAGAUCAGCAAGGUGGGUUUGGUGUCCGCCCUGCCCCACCUGGUGAUGACCAUCGUCGUGCCCGUUGGCGGGCAGCUAGCUGACUUCCUGCGGACUCGCGGCCUCAUGACCACCACCAACGUCCGGAAGCUCAUGAACUGCGGAGGGUUUGGAAUGGAGGCCACCCUGCUGCUCGUGGUGGGCUUCUCCCACACGAAGGGCGUGGCCAUAUCCUUCCUGGUCCUGGCUGUCGGCUUCAGCGGCUUUGCCAUCUCAGGGUUCAAUGUGAAUCACCUGGACAUCGCUCCCCGCUACGCUAGCAUCCUCAUGGGGAUCUCCAACGGAGUGGGCACUCUGUCAGGCAUGGUGUGUCCUCUCAUAGUUGGAGCCAUGACCAAACACAAGACACGAGAGGAGUGGCAGUAUGUCUUUCUCAUCGCUGCCCUCGUUCAUUACGGAGGAGUGGUCUUCUACGGAAUCUUCGCCUCUGGUGAAAAGCAGCCGUGGGCGGACAUCGAGGACACCAGCGAGGAGAAGUGCGGGAUCCUGGACGAGGACGAGCUGGCCGACGCCACCGAGGAGAUGUACCGCAGCGGAGGGGGGGGGCAGUACGGGGCUCUGAGCCAGCCCAACGUGGGCACCAACCGCGGGGGAGGAGGAGGAGGAGAAAGAGGAGGAGGUGGAGGAGGAGGAGGAGGAGGAGGAGGAGGAGGAGCAGGGUGGGUCACAGACUGGGACAAAGCGGAGGAGUAUGUGCAGCCCCCGGGGUACAACAGCUACCUGUACGGCGGGGAGGCGCAGAGAGAGCUGAUGUAGAGCGAAGGAGCGGGGAGGAGAGAGGAGGUGAAAGAAGGAGAGAGGGAGAAAGGAAGGGAGAAAGGGGGAUGGUUGGAUAGUUAAAGAGGAUGAGACUGAGCUGGGCUAUGAAAGCUGGAUGGAAAGAUGUGAAGUGAGAGAAAACGUAUAGCGGGAGAGAAAACGAUGGGGAAAAAAACAGCCAUAGAUAGCCUGAGUGUGUUUGUGUGUGUGUGUGUGUGUGUGUGUGUGUGUGCAUGUGCGAAGGUGUGUAUUCAUUUAUACACGUGUAUGUGGGGUUUGUGUGUAUGUGUGUAUACUGAGAAUCUGUGCGAGUGUGCAGGUUCUGCUCUCCCUGUGAUUUACAGUAUUUGUGUUUUGGUCCCUUCCACUGAUAGAGUGAGCUUCUUGUGCUUGUGCUUGGGAUUGCAGUGUAUGUUUACACAAUGUUUCUGUGAAUUUUGAGCGAAGGAAUUGCCUUCUUAAAUAUCGGUAAAAAAAAAGAAGUAUACGCCCACUGUGUUGUAGCCACGCUCUUUCUGGCCUGAAGCUCAUCUUUCAGGCACAGAUGCCAAUAAUUACUAAUGUGUACGCACACACACACACUCGUUGGGUAAAUCCAUUAUUGGUGCUGUAAUUUAUAAUUGUCCUGCAGGGUGGGGUCUCUCUCAAACCUUUAUUCCACUGAUACAUUUCACUGAGGUCAGAAUUAAAUCUUUACAGGAGCAUUCAGUCCCUACUCUGGUAAACAUAUCCCCUGAUGUGACCUUGGUGGAGUAUGAUUUUUAUUUCUUCAUUUAUGUUUUUUUUUAAAGCCCUUUAAUGGAGUUCAUGCUGACAUACAACAAAAAAUGUUUUUGGCAUUCAUAACCACGCUGUAAUAUUCAUAAACCCUUUAAUAGUGCACACAAUAGCCCGGGAACAUGUCCGGACAUGAUCCACGAGCGUUGUAUAACAGGCCAUCACUGAUGUUGAGCGUCACAUGUUCCGUGACCUUUGACAGUGAUCAUCAUAGAGCUGUUAGGCGUUAUUCGUGCGAGGGAAAGCAAACGGCGGCCAUAAAAACCGUCGAGUGGCGCUUUAAAUGAUAAUUAAUUUAACGCCAGCGCGUUUCAUGGAGUGUCUGUUAAACCUUUUGUGCGCGUCACCUCGAGUGGAAGGCGUUCGCAUGCAGAUCUGCGACGAGACAAGGUCCCGUCCUGUUCUGAAGGCAAGCGCGAAAACACCUCAAACGUGCCAAUAGGUUUUAAAGCUGAACGGGAGAACGUGACGAGCAAUAAAGACAAAGAUGAGCCGGACGAUCCAGCAGCAGCAGUUUUUUGGGUUGGGAAGCAGCAAUAAGGACCAGGAUGACGGGUGUGGUUUGCAAUUGUGCGUGCGCGUUCGGCGUGUGAGCAUGUGCUGAAAACGUAUUUAUCGUUCGAUCCACUGGGUUGGUGUUCUACGUGUUAACUAUGACCAAAUCAGUUUGAGAUAAAUGUAAAAAUUUAUAGAGAAAUUUUCAGAGACUUUCAAUCGCUGACUUGAACUUGCUUCUGACUGUGAGGCUGUGGGAUCCUGUGGACCUAUAGGUUUUUCUUCCUUUAUAGGACUAUAUUAUACAUUAUACAGUGUACAUGUGUGUGUUUGUACGUGUGUGUGUGUGUGUGUGUGUGUUCAAUAGUGCAGUGUCCAUGCUGCUGGAGAUUCGGCAGCAUGACAUUCCCACCACACGCUGUUCGUUUGCCUGAACCCUAAAUUUCCGCGGCCAAAACCCACUCUUCCCGUCCCCCGCUUUGGCCUGAGGUCCUGGGCCGCUCCUGUCUGAAGGUGUCGGUUUCCCCCCCAUUCCAAACGCGCACUGAAACCUACAGGCAUACAUCAGAUAGACAUCAGUUUACUGCAUGGGCUCUCGUACAAAAUGGCGUUUGCAGAUCGGCCAUGAACGAUAACCCACGUGACGCUUCCAGAAUGCAUUGCACUUAGUCUGUAUAAUUCCUCAAUAGUGAAAUGUCAUCGCUGCCUGUGCCAUUGAUGUUCGCUGUCUCCCAGGUGCUCGGUAGUGAGUCUAGUGCACUAACGGUGAGGAUGGAUAUUUGACAUUUUUUGCCGUAUAUUGGAUUGUGUCAUAUCCGAGCAAUUUCUACAUUUUACACUGUAUUGUAAGUACACUGCUGGAAAAAAAAAAACUUCCAGCUCUGUUCCAUCAUUAUUUGGCAUCCGUUGAAUGUCAGCAGGAUCAAUUGAUCGAUAAAAUUGUCACAGAACCUUUGUAUGGAUUGAUACAAAUGUUUGCAGCACCUUCAUGUAAAUGUCUUUUUAGUGACAUAAGCGUAUAUUGUGAAUUAAAAAAUGGGGCCAAAUGAAGAAUUUGUGAAAGUGAGACAGGAGUCAUGUCAGAUCAGUGCGUUCCUCCACCAAUGGGAAAGGGAGGCGAGAAACACAGGCAAGCACAGGCCAACACAGUCUAUGUGCCCUGUGCUGUGGUAGUUAUCCUCUGUAAACAAUCACUUAAACUUUGCAUGAUACUGGAGAAUCCUCACAUGGUUUUAUUAUACUAGUAUUAGAGCGUGUUGUCCUGGGAAGAGACUCGUUAUUGAUGGAGAGAUAAUUUUUUCGCCGUAGUGUUGUUACCGUGGUAGGUUGUCAUGGAGACUGGAACAAUGCCGCACAAAUAAUGCAACUGUGAAGCACAGCUUUGCAAGCGUUGCGUACAAUAUUUCCACUGCCAAAGCAAAGCUGUAUAUAUCGUUUCACGUCUGCAGUGAGGCAAGUAAUAAAACGCAAUUUGCUCAAUUUAGUCACUGACAAUUCUAAGAACCGUACCACUGGUCUGUUUGCACUUUUUUAAGAGAUCUCCUGGGCAGGAUCAGCGUCUGUCAAUCUUGACACGAAGUGGCAUCAGCAGUUUUCAGUGGGAUGCAGGCACAGAUUCUUUAGACACACCUGCUUCAUAGCUACAGGACGUUCUGUUGGUAACAGGAGUUUCUGGGGCUAUAGUUUAGUACAGAACGUCCAUUGGCCGCAGAAUUACACUUGGCCACGCCCCUUGAUGAAUUUCGAAAGCUGCAUCAAAUGUGAAUGUCUCAGCUUUGGGAAGUUCUACUGAGACAAAACCUUGGGUGUUUCAGGGUUAAGAACGCAAAGCUGAGCAUCUGAUAUGGUCUAGAGAAUCUGUGGCGAAGAUGUUGAUUGGUCACUGUGUCGUAGGGGCGGAGCCAAAUGCCUUUCACCAGGCCCUAAGUCCACCGCAGUCAUUUCUCCCCCAAUGAGCUCUCUCUCACCCCCCCCCCCAGCCUGUUCCAACUGUGUUUCUUUAGGUGUUUUAGAGUGUAAAGGAUGUGUAUACUUACUUUUUACAAUUGCCAUUAUUAUGCUUAUUGUCUGUUAAUUUGCAGUAGAUAUCCGCAUACAAAAACAAACACAGAGCUUAGAAUGUGAUUUAAACUGGAGUAUGAAAACAGGCAAACCAUUAAGACACAUAUUUUCCUGAACUAUCAAGGACAGGAUUGAAUAAUUAUAUUACUUCUUUAAAUUCCUGUUGUCACUGUUGCUGUUGUCUUUUUUGUUUUGUUUUUGUUUUUUCAUUUUUUUUUGGUCUGUUUAUUUUCUUGGUUUUAUUUGUCUUUUUUGUUAUUUUUAUUUUUUCCAAAGCUAUGAAUUUGUGGAAAAUACACAAUGUAAAAAGAUAUAUAAAUAUUCAUGCAAAAGGAUGAAUAAAGUUUAUGUAUACAAUGGAUACAUGUUAAAAGAUCCCUGUGUAAAAUAAAGAAGAAGAAAUGUG